AAAGCAAUUGCAGUUCUAAUCGCACUACUGGCCGUAGUCCUCACCCUCGUCGCGUGGUGGGUGCACCGGAACUUUAGCUACUGGAAGCGUCGGGAUAUUCCUCACGAUGCUCCAAAAAUUCCAUUCGGAAACACCGCAGAGUUCAUGAAAACCAUGCAGAUAGCGGAAAUUUGCAAGCGGACGUACUUUAAGUUCAAGAACAAGACCGAUGGUCCAUUCGUGGGAUUUUACUUUUAUUUGAAAAGGACAGCCGUAGUCACGGACAUCGAUUUCGUGAAAACUGUGUUGAUUCGCGAGUUUGACAAAUUCCAGGAUCGCGGGUUAUUCAACAACGAGCGUGACGAUCCGCUCUCCAAUCAUCUUAUUUGCAUCGAGGGCCAGAAGUGGAGAACUCUGCGCCAGAAGCUAACGCCCACCUUUACCUCCGGCAAGACGAAGAACAUGUUUCCCAUGGUACUGAAUGUGGUCGAUGAGCUGAUCCGGGUAUUCGAUGAGAAGAUCUCUGCCAGUUCCAAGGAUUCCCUGGAGAUCCACGAUCUAGUAGCACGCUUCACGGCCGACGUGAUCGGUAGCUGUGCCUUCGGCCUGGAUUGCCACAGCCUGACGGAUCCCAAGGCGGAGUUCGUCAAGAUGGGAAAGGAUGCCAUUAACAAGCGACGUUAUGGCAAGGUCAUGGAUCUGUUUCUGUUCGGGGCUCCCAAGCUGGCAGCCAAGUUGCGGGUGAAGGGCACAGUCCAGGAGGUCGAGGACUUUUACAUGAAGAUCGUUAGGGACACCAUCGAGUAUCGCAUCAAGAACCAGGUGAAGCGCAAAGACUUUAUGGACAUGCUGAUCGACCUGAAGCUAAAGUAUGACAGUGGCAACAAGGAGGAAGGCCUCACCUUCAACGAGAUCGCCGCCCAGGCCUUUAUCUUCUUCGUGGCGGGCUUUGAAACCAGCUCUACUACUAUGGCAUUCGCCUUGUUCGAGCUGGCCUGUAACCAGGACAUUCAGGAUAAACUCAGGGCAGAAAUCGAUGGUGUUCUGAAGAAGCACAAUGGCAAGCUGGACUAUGACAGUCUGCGGGAGCUGACGUAUCUGGAGAAGGUAAUCGAUGAGUCCCUGAGAAAACAUCCUGCGGUUGGACAGUUGAACCGCGUCACCACCCAACGCUAUGAGCACAGCAAUCCAAAGUAUAGCCUGGAGCCAGGCACUGGGGUGAUUGUGCCCACUUUGGGCAUCCACCACGAUCCGGAGUUCUAUCCAGAGCCGGAGAAGUUUAUCCCGGAGCGUUUUGACGAGGAUCAGGUGAGGCAGCGACCUGCCUGCACAUUCCUGCCCUUCGGAGACGGUCCCCGUAACUGCAUUGGCAUAAAAUUUGGUCGAAUGCAGGUCGCGGUGGGAAUGACUCUGCUCAUCCACAACUUCAAGUUUGAACUGCAUCCCGCGGGGACAAAAGCUCCGAUGGAGUAUCGCUGCAAUGACAUUCUGCUGAGUCCCAAGGGAGGAGUGCAUCUUAAAGUUACCAGGGUUGGGUUGAUAGUUAUAAGGGCUCUGUAUUAAUUUGUGGGAAGCAUUUAGGUAAUUAGGAGUUGGUGAGAUAUCUUUAUCAGCAUUGUGCAGUCUAUUUACAUGAAAUUAAAAUGGAUCUAACAGCAUUUCAAGCUAGUAACUAGCUUUACUCAACUCUUACUUUACUCUUCGAAUUUUAUUAUAAUAAAGGAAUGAUU